AUGCUAACAAGUAGGUCAAGAAGCUGCACCGCAGCCUUGGCUUUUAACAUAAAAACACCCGUAGAGCCAGAGGUGGCAAUUCACUGAAUUACUGCCAUCAGCUGCAACGUAAAGCCCCUUGAUAAGGUGUGUGCUGACUUGAUCAGAGGUGCUAAGGAGAAGAAUCUCAAAAUGAAAGGACCAGUUCGGACGCCUACCAAGACUUUGAGAAUCAAUACAAGAAAAACUCCUUGUGGUGAAGGUUCUAAGACCUGGAAUCACUUUCAGAUGAGAAUGUGCAAGCAACUCUUAGACCUGCACAGUCCUUCUGAGAUUGUUAAUCAGAUUACCUCCAUCAGUAUUAGGCCAGGAGUUGAGGUUGAAGUCACCAUUGCAGAUGCUUAA